AUGCCUCGUGUAAUGAUAAAGGGAGGUGUAUGGAGGAACACCGAAGAUGAGAUCCUCAAAGCUGCCGUCAUGAAAUACGGCAAAAACCAGUGGUCCCGGAUUGCGAGUUUGUUACACCGAAAAUCCGCCAAGCAGUGCAAAGCUCGAUGGUACGAAUGGCUGGAUCCGUCAAUCAAGAAAACAGAAUGGACGCGGGAAGAAGAGGAGAAACUUCUUCAUCUCGCCAAGCUGUUGCCCAUGCAAUGGAGGACCAUCGCACCGAUCAUCGGCCGUACCGCUGCCCAAUGUAUCGAACACUACGAAACUCUCCUCGAUCAAGCGCAGCGGAAAGACGAACUCGGCGAUGAUUUCGACGAUCCGCGUAAGCUCAAGCCGGGCGAGAUCGACCCGAAUCCGGAGACGAAACCCGCGCGUCCAGAUCCGAAGGACAUGGACGAGGAUGAGCUCGAGAUGCUGUCCGAGGCUCGAGCUAGGCUGGCCAACACUCAGGGUAAAAAGGCCAAGCGCAAGGCUCGAGAAAAACAACUGGAGGAGGCGAAACGCUUGGCCAAUCUCCAGAAACGUCGGGAGCUCCGUAUGGCGGGAAUAGAGGUCCAGAAGAAGAACAAGAAGCGCAAGUACAUGAUCGACUACAAUGCCGAGGUUCCUUUCGAGAAGAGGCCGGCGCUUGGAUUCUACGACACGAGCCAGGAGAGCUACGACCCGAUGGAUGCGGAUUUCGGUCGUCUGAGACAGCAAGACCUAGAUGGCCAACUCCGUGUCGAGAAAGAAGACAAGGAGCGCAAGAAGGAUAUGCAGAAACUGAAACAUCGCAAAGAGAACGACAUUCCUUCGAUGGCAGCCGAAACCGCUCGGAAACGGACGAAGUUGGUUUUGCCGGAGCCUCAGGUUUCGGAAGGAGAUCUCGAACAAUUGGUCAAGAUCGGUAGGGCGAAUCAGAGUGCUAAGGAGGCGGUGCAAGGCGAGAAUAGUGUCUCCGAUGCCCUUUUGGCCGAUUACGACAUAACAGGAACCCCGGGUGCAACUCCGGCGAUGAGAACUCCUCGACAAGCGACGACGUCCCGGGAAAGUAUUCUUAUGGAGGCCCAGAAUCUAAUGGCUCUCCAGAAUACGGAGACGCCGCUGAAAGGGGGCGUCAACACUCCCCUUCAUGAGAACCAAUUGGCGAUUACUGGCGCUCAGGUGAAAGCAACCCCGAAUCAGAUCCUGACCCCGUACAAUGGGGGCGCGACUCCUCGCACCGUAGAAUCUGCGAGGAACCUAGGAGAAACUCCGCUACACGACAAGCUAAAUAUCAACCGCGACGCUAUGGGGUCGGAACUGGUCGUGGCAGAUCCACAGUCAGCGCUGUCGAAACUCCCCGCUCCUAAAAAUAAUUAUGAGAUCGUUGUUCCCGAGGAGGAUGAAGUUGUGGAAGCACCUCGAGUAUCUGAUGGUGCCCUCGGAGUUGUGGAUCAGGAAGAAUUGGAUCUCAUGAAAGAGAAGGAACGUCAGGCCAAGAUCGAGAAGGAAUGGAAAUCCGAAUCGAUGCCUAUACAGCGGUUCCUCCCGAGACCCUACGAGGUCAACGUUCAGAUUAUGCGACCGCCUCCGCAGUCGACAGAUGAUCAGCUGACAGAUCUCCAACGAGCAGAAGAGCUAAUCAAGCAGGAGAUGCUUGUGAUGAUGCACCGAGACUUCCUAAGACACCCGCCGGCCCGCAGCGUUACCGCCUCAACGAAGAAGAAAGACCCGGCGGUCGAGCAGACGAGGUGUUCGGUUUAUCUCGAGAAACAUCCGUACGUCCAUGUCACGGAGACAGAAAUGAAGGAUGCCAAGCGGCAACUUGCCCAAGAAAUGGAGGUCGUAGCCAAGGGGAUGGGUCACGGCCCAAUAUCCGACGAGGUUUUCGCUCAGGUAUGGAGCGAGUGUCUUUCGCAAGUUCUGUACCUACCGUCUCAAAAUCGUUACACACGCGCGAACCUGUGUACCAAGAAGGACAGAAUCGAGAGUUGCGAGAAACGACUCGAAACAAAUCGGAACCACAUGGCGCGUGAAGCCAAGAAAGCUGGGAAACUUGAAAAGAAGCUUCGAGUGCUCUUGGGAGGAUAUCAUUCGAGAUCUCAGGCUUUGGAAAAACGUAUUCAAGAGCUCCAAGACCAACAGGAGCAAGCCAGCAUUGAGAAAGAUACAUUCGAAGCUCUGGCCGCACAGGAAGCGGGCGCGAGUUCCCGACGUCUGGAAAAUCUUCGCGAAGACGUCCAACGGCAGAAGGAGCGGGAAGCCGAACUUCAAGAAAAAUAUCGAGCCCUCGUCGAGAAGCAGAACUCACAGAAGUCCUGA